GCUCUGCCGCAGGAGGCACUGGUGGUGUCUCUUCUGCUGGACCCCAUGUCUCCCCAGGUCCCCAGUACCACCACGUUGCCCUGUAGGGCAAGAUGAGCAGGGCUGGGAAGGACCACAUGGGAGGAGCAGAGAGUGGCUAGUCAAGGCACUGAACCAGGGACAGGAGGGAUAAUGAGACACCAAUCCUAGCCAUGUCUGUGGUCAACUGACUUGUUACCAGGCAGCAUUUACCGGGGUGGGGCACACUCCCUGGAGGUGGAGGCCCUACCUUCGUGUCUAGUGGCGAGGGACUGAGAAAAGAAGCUUGCAGUAGACAAGGCACCCCAACCGACCACUGGCCUUGCAUCUCAGGCUCCACUCAGGGAUGAUGAGGUCUUGGAAAACUUUGGGAUGCUAGGCAUGUACACCUCAAGCCAUAUACAUCUGUUCCAAAGCAACAGAACUGAAAGCCAGUUUGGAGAAACAAGUCCAGGGGGACAAAUAAGAGUCCAUGGGCCUUGCUGCUGCCUAAAUCCUGGACAGGGUGGAUGAGAUGUCUGCUAAGGCAACAGUGUUGUUUCUGGGCUAAACUGUAAACUGAGAAAGAUCCUACCAUCUGCCCACCAUCCAGUCACCCCCAACAGACAAAAUAGCCACUACACUGAUGCCCCAGGGCCCAGGUCUCCAGGCCAGCCCUGCCCCAGUAAUCUAUCCUUUCUGCUUCUCCAGACCAGAAGCCAGGGAGCCCUCAGUGACCACGGAUUCUCUGGACACCCCCACAGCCCUGUCCCCUCUCAGCUGAGGCAGCGCCAGCACCAGCUUGGACACAAGGACGCAGCCCCUGGACUGCCAGAUUCCUUGCAGAGGAGGUGGAGGAGAAAUCCAUCAGCUGGGGCCUAAGCGUGGCCUGAGGGCCAGGCCAUCAGUCCCGGGAUGCCCCUGCCUGAGCCCAGCGAGCAGGAGGGUGAGAGCGUGAAGGCUGGCCAGGAGCCCUCCCCUGAGUCCCCUGAGCCAGGUACAGAUGUCGUCCCCGCAGCCCCCAGGAAGCCCAGGAAGUUCUCCAAACUGGUCCUGCUGACGGCCUCCAAAGACAGUGCCAAAGUGGCCGGGGCCAAGCGCAAAGGAGUGCACUGCAUCAUGUCCCUGGGGGUGCCUGGCCCAGCCACCCUCGCCAAAGCCCUCCUUAAGAUCCAUCCUGAAGCUCAGCGGGCCAUUGAGGCAGCGCCCCAGGAGCCUGAGCAGAAACGCAGCAAGCUGGACGCAGGCAUUGAAGAAGAUGGAAGGUUGGCAGGGCAGCCUGCCCCCAGGCCCUCGGGGGGCGGGGAGGAGUCCCCCGCGGGACCCAUCGUGCCCAGCGAGGCCCCGUAGCCCUGACAACCGGGGGUGCGUCCUUGCUGGGUCAGUGAACUUAGCUGCAACUUCUUCACGUUCCAGUGGGCUUCUGCUUGGGGCCUAGCCGCUGAUUUUCACUUUAAACAUUGUAAUUUUUCUCAGAUCAUGCAUUAUUUACUUUUGUAAACAGAAAAAAAAAUUAAAAAGAGAAUAAAAGAAGCUGUACAUUAGAUCCCAUCAUGGAUGGGUUUUUUAAAGUCCA